GCGACUGGGUCCGGUUCUUCGUCCCCCAGUGACACACUUCAACAGCGUCAGCAACAACAACAACACCCAAAGGAACUCUUUUCUGCUGACGAUAACCUUGAUCCACGACUUCAGCCUCUCCCAACGACUGGUUUGACCUGCCUGACCGGCCUACGCCUAUCCAAUAGCGCUGCACAUCGUCUUCUACUGUUGGGCAGUGGAGCCAUCCGCUACCGGCAGACCGACCGGUCAGGGUCUCCGGGGCGGGAUGACGACUCUCAGGGUUUCCCGGGAGCCGGGACUAUCUGCGGCCUAGGCUCUGCCUCCUCAAGCAACUCUUCACUCUUUUCCUCCUCUUCUUCCACCUCCUCUUCCAACUUCAAUUCAGCUUCCGUAACCGCAGUUACGGCUACCGCAGCCUUUGCCGCAGGGCAGGCCAGUCGGUCACUGGUGGAGCUGCGUUGUCGAGGCAGAGGUGGAUCGGGCGCCAGUGUACUUCCGUUCUUGCAGGCAAAUGGCUUUGCCAGUCGUCGAAUCAUUUAUUCAAACCUGGCUGCGAGAAUAUCUGCAGCAACAAAAUCACUUAUCAGCGCAUCCACGGCCGUCAUGCCAGUGAAAAGUGGAUUGGGAACUGUUGGAUACAAAAGUGGAAUUAACUUAUGA